AUGCUGCAGCCGAGAGCCCCAAUACUAGCACACAGAGACACUCCAGCAGCAGCAGCAGCACCAACAGCAGCAGCAGCAGCAGCAACAGCAGCAACAGCAGCAGCAACAGCAGCAGCAACAGCAGCAACAGCUAAGCGCGUUUGGAGUGCUUGGCUGCUACCCAUAAAACCACAUCGUCACAACUUCAGCAGCAGCAACAGCAGUAGCAGCAGCAGCAGCAGCAGCAAUAUCAGCAGCAGCAGCAAAUACAGCAAACCCGCAGCAGCGGUAAAAAGAGCAGCAAUAAGCGCAGCAGCAGCUGCAGCAGCAGCAGGAGCUAAGCCAUCUCACUUCAGAUCUUCAAUAAGAAGGCGGUUAAAUGCAGCAGCAGCAUUAAGUGCUGCUGCUGCUGCUGAUGCUGCUGCUGCAGCAGAUGAGGCAGAGGACGACCCCUAUGAUGAUAUUGACGUGGAGGAUUACCCGUUUGUUGCUGCCCCUGCAAACCUCUUUAUAGAUGAAGCUAUGCGGCAGCAGAUGCUGCAGCAGCAGCAGCAAGAGCAGCAGCAGCGAGUUGCUGCGUACAACGAACGACUACGUCGGCGCAGCAGCAACAGCAACAGCAGCAGUAACAGCAACAGCAGCAGCAGCAGCAGCAGCAGCGCCGACGACAGCGCGAACGCCAGCAACGCCAACAGCACCAGCAACAGCAGCAGCAGCAAGAGCAGCAGCAGCAACGGCAGCAGCAGCAGCAGCAGCAAGAAGCGCAUUUACUUUGCUAAGGAUUUGCUGCAAGAGGAUGAGCCUGACCUUCUUGUUAAGGGGACGGAGGGAGACAACAGUAAGCAGCAGCAGCAGCAGCAGCAACAGCAGCAGCAGCAGCAACAAGACAAGAGUAGCAGCGCCAGCAACAGCAGCAGCAGCAGCCAAAGCAGCAGCAGCAACAAGAAAAGCAAUUUUGAGGUGUAUCUUGACGGAGAGAUGAAGCAUCUUGUAGACCAGGAGCCUCCAGAAGUUUAUACGGAUCUGCUGGAAUACGAAAAACUCUACAGGGGCCUGGGGCCUUGGCCUGAAGCACCAACAAAAGAGGGGAAAGGCAUCCCUUAUCGCAAGACUGUUGAGACAAUCGCAGAAGCCAUGGCUGAGGAAGCGAAGUGGGCGCGCCGCGAAGAACAGCCACGAGAGGAGUGGAUAUUAGACGAAGACGAGGAGAAGCUGCUCGAGCCUCGCGUGCUUAAAGUAUAUGAAAACCUCAAAAGACAUUACAACCCGACAACCCGCGAGAAGUUUGAGAGGUUUGCAGGCGAGGGUUUUGUCUUGGACGGAGAGCCGCUGCCUCUUGUAGAAUUAAACCAGCCCCAACCUUCGCUGACUCCGGACAAGGGUUUCUUCUUCUUAGAUGCUUCCUAUGCAUUUGCAAACCCUCGCUCUCCUUUAGGCGCCGAUAUGGGGCAGAUUGACGAUCCUCUCGACUCCCCCUGGCGGCGUCGAGCAGAAGAAGUUAUCCGGCAAGUCGUAUCGUAUGGCUGGCCGCCUCGAGUCCGCCGAACCUUCACAGGCUUUGUUUUGUCUGAUUGCUCGUGGGAGCAAAGUCGUUUGCUGCUGCCAGUGCAGCAGCAGCAGCAGCAGCAGCAGCAGCAGCAGCAGGAAGACGACGACUGCAACAGCAUCGUGACAGUGCAGGAUCUCCGGCAUCUCCUGCAGAUGAUUCGACACCGGCUGCAAGACCUGAGCGACUUGGAGUCUCUUCCUCUCGUUGAUGCGUUCGAUAUUCAAAUGGCUGCUGUGCCUGCUGCUCCCCUGCAGCAGCAGCAGCAGCAGCAGCAGCAGCAGCAGCAGCAGCAGCGUCGGCUUGAAUUACUAGGUCGCCGCGAGCUUACGAUGGCAGCAGGAUCUCUGGUGUACAUACACCUGGAGAGUGAAGAAGCAGCAGCAGCAGUGCAGCAGCUACCUGCAGCAGCAGCUGCUGCUGCUAUCGGUGCCUGCGCUCGCAUGCACGCAGCAAGAGCCGCAGCAGAGGGGGCGCCUCCUGGCAGCAGCAUGUUGCAGCUGCUGCUGCAGCAGCAGCAGCAGCAGCAGCAGCUGCCCCUGCCUCCCAUAGAAGAAGAAGAUGCAAGAGAUUAUAUAAGCCCGAUGGGAUAUUGCGAGUCUGUCCCCCCAGCAGCAGCAGCAGCAGAACUUGCUGCUUCUGCUGCUGCAUCUGCUGCACCUUCAUAUGCUGUUGCAGCAGCAGCAAACAGACUGUCUCCUCAAUCCAUCGCUCCUUCUCAUGCAUUCCUCACCCAAGCUGUUGCCGGCAGCAAACUGCAACAGCAGCAGCAGCAGCAGCAGCAGCAGCAGCAGCAGCAGCAGCAGGCAGUGCUGCUAGGGUCUCCUAAUGCCUGCUGUCUCUUUUUUGCUCGAGAUGGCGAAGUGUUUUUGACUUCGCUCGACGCUGUAGAGAGGGUCGUCCUCAUUCCCCCCGAAUCCCCAGCAGCAGCAGCAGCAGAUGCAGCAGCAGCAGCAGAUGCAGCAGCAGCAGAAGAGGAGACAGCAAACCCGCUGCAAUGA